AUGGUUAUUGUGCUGCGUUCUCGAGUUCCUCAUUGUUUUUGCUGUUUCUCGCAGGCAGCCGCUGAUUAUGUGAAGGCCCACCUACCCGAGGCUCUGAAACAACAGCUACAGGCCUAUGAGCGGGAAAAGAAAGACAGCCCUCUGUCCUAUCCCGCCAUCCUAGAGCAGCGCAUUCUGGCUGUGGACCGGGACAUGGUGGAGAAGUUCUCCGCCAGCCAUGAUGAAGCAGGCACGACGUGUUUGAUAGCCUUGUUGUCAGACCGUGAACUGACUGUGGCAAAUGUUGGAGACUCUCGCGGCGUUCUCUGCGACAAGGACGGCAACGCUGUGGCCUUGUCACAUGAUCACAAGCCUUACCAGCUGAAAGAGCGCAAGAGGAUCAAGAGAGCAGGUGGCUUCAUCAGUUUCAACGGUUCUUGGCGUGUGCAAGGCAUCCUCGCCAUGUCACGCUCACUCGGUGACUACCCUCUCAAGAACUUGAAUGUGGUCAUCCCAGACCCAGAUAUCUUGACCUUUGACCUGGACAAGCUCCAGCCGGAGUUCAUGAUCCUAGCCUCCGACGGCCUGUGGGACGCGUUUAGCAACGAGGAGGCCGUACGCUUUGUGCGGGAACGCUUGGAUGAGCCGCACUUUGGAGCCAAGAGCAUUGUGCUGCAGUCUUUCUACCGCGGCUGUCCCGAUAACAUCACCGUCAUGGUGGUAAAGUUCAAGAGCAGCUCUGGGAGCAAAACUGGAGAGUAGUUGGACUCAACUAAUAAACAGCCUGAACCGAUCAAUAAACAGCCUCCAUUGUCUUUCCAUUAAUGCAUAUUGCAAGACGCAUAUUGGUGUAAUAUGAGACAAACAUUUUUUUUUCUCUCACAAUUACAAUAAACUGUACAGACACACAUGUGCAAACACGUGCAUUCCCAGAUUUAUUGUAAUUUGUAAAACAUUUGGUGCCAAAUGGACACUUUAUGGAAAAUGUAUUCCUUUUUCAAAUCCUUAAACUGUAAAGAUGUAUCCUGACCUUCCUUAUUCAGAGCAAUAUUAUUUGUGUAACAGCAAUUGGCAUAAAUGGUAGAAGGACAUUGCCUUGAAGAUGCACAUGCAUAAAUAUCAUGUUUCUUUUUUUUUCUUUUUUUUGUGAAUUAAGAUGAUGAAACCGUAACCAGCUCUUGAAUUUGGAUGUGCAUGAUUCAUUCAUAUCAGUUCAAGGAAUUAAUGCCAAUUUACACUGGUGCUGCUCAUUAGUUAGUUUAAAUGAGGGUGGAAUAAGGUUGUGCUAGAUUAAGAAUGUUACACUUGGAUUAAACUCCAUAAUAGGUAAUGUCCUAUUCAUUCUAGUCAUUCCUGCUCAUUUAAGCCAAGGUUUUAAUGGUUAUAUGAAUGCAAAAGUGGCCAGAUUGAAGGUAGAAUGUUGCUGUAUGUAUGUAAUUAUUUUGUGAAGACUGUUGAAUUAAUACUGGCAAACAGUCCUCCAACUUUCCUCCUAUUUUACAGAAAAAAAUGGCACCAGCCCCAAUCUACACAAAGGUUUAAAUUCUUGCACUGUGUGAAAUGUAUGUGGGAGAUUAAAGUGAUAAAUAAACCUAA